AUGGCCGAUCUAAUUGCCUUUCAAACCUCACACCAUAGUUUCUUCUCGCGAUCCAACAUGAUCCCCCGUAACGCUCACAAGAGGUCCGUCUCUUCGGAGCACCGAUCCCUAUCCCCUGACCGCACCGUCACCAAAGCAAAGUCCACAACCAAUCUUGCAGAUGUCGCCUCUGUCAACGGCAAGCCCAGAUCGAAAUUCGAUGACAGCGCUUUCAGCACCUUACAGGACCCACGAUUGGCGGACGGCUCGGAGGUUUCACAUUCAACGUCAUCAUCUCACCACCCGGACUUGAGCAAUGAAGUCGCAGCAUUAUCCGUGAAAUUGAUCCAGGCUAUUAACAACCAAACCAACCUUGAUGACAGCUUGGUUGCUACACGCCAAGAGUUAGAAUUGGCCCAGGGCAAGAUCCAAGCUCUCGAGUUUCAGAACGACAAAUAUCGACGAGACUUGGAGAACAGAGUUUAUAUUAAAAAGUCCGAUUCAGAUCGCGAGAUCCUACAAUUACGAAAUGCUCUUGCGGAGGAAACGAGUCAGCGCACGGCCGCUGAAAAGGGAAAGAAGACAAUUGAACAGGAACUGGAGACUCUGACUGCAGCUCUCUUUGAAGAAGCCAACAAGAUGGUAGCUGCAGCCAAGAUCGAACGCGAGGCGGUGGAGAAGAAGAACGAACAAUUACGUUCACAAGUCAAGGACACCGAGUUACUCCUGGCGUCGCAUCAAGAUCAGCUAGCUGAACUCAAGUCUGUUAUGCAAGGGAUGCAUCUCCACAAGGACGAAAUCGAAACCCGCCCGACCACUACCCCACCGUCUCCAGCACAAGCCCCCGGGUUUGCCAACGUGGAGCUGGAGACGAUUCCGGUGUCAAUUGAGAACGAAGAAUUCACACCGGGGCCUUCGUGCGACUUCCCCCAGAUCCUCCGCAUGAUCUGCCGUACGGAUCUGCAGGCCUAUGAAGACUUCCGCGAUCUGUUGGUACUCUCUCGCAGCUCCAAGCCACCAAGCCGGGCCACGAGUGGGUCAUACGGAGGCCUGAACGUGAUGGGUCUCGCAAGCUUUGCAAGCGGUGGAGCUUCCUCGGUGACUUCAUCGCCUACCAAGGGAUUCUCGCAUUCGCCCAAUGGGAGCAUGUCCUCGACAACCGGGUCACAUGUGCCCUUGAAGGAAACCAAGUUCUACAAGCGCGUACUGACGGAAGACAUUGAGCCUACACUCAGACUAGACCUUUCGCCGGGGAUCUCGUGGCUGACGCGUCGCUCUGUCCUCAGUGGCAUCUGUGAAGGCAGCUUGGUGGUAGAGCCCAUGCCGGCGGCAGCCAAGAAAUUCGAAUUCCCUUGCUCUGUCUGCGGUGAACGCAGACCAAGCGGGCCUCAUGAGAGGACCCACCGUUUCCGCACGUCUGAUAGCGAGACCGCCCAGCGAUAUUCACUCUGUCUUCUUUGCCUGGAACGCGUGCGCUCAUGCUGUGAGUUCACUGGGUACUUGCGCCUGAUUCUCGAUGGUCAUCUCCGCGCAGGUGAUACCGAAGAAGAGAAGGAGAUUUGGGAUGAGACUAUCCGCCUGAGAGAACGAAUGUUUUGGUCUCGAAUUGGUGCUGGUAUAAUACCGUUGAAUCGCGCACCAGCGCCUCAACCGGAAGCCUCAGAUGUUAACACUGUGGAUGAUGAUCAAUAUCUGCGCCCUGUGGACGUCAGUAUCGAUCAGAAGGGGCCAACGGAACACCCCAUUGCAUCCGAAAUUGCAGGCUCUCAAUUCGUCAGUGCCAGCUCACCUCGACCUCAAAGCUCCAUUUACGACAGAGACGAGGAAGACACCGCUUCAAUCGUGGACGUGGAACACAAGCGAAUCUCCAUCGAUUCCGAGCACAGCAUAUACGAAGAAGCUACCGCGGAUGUGGAUGCCGUUGAACCAAGUACCACGGAUCACAACCCCGUCGUGCCCUCGAUCACUCAUACUCAAGAGCCCGACACAGACAAUAAACCCACUGAUCUGAGCACCUCUUGA